UGCAUUAUUUUCAUUGUGGAAGAAGCUGUUGGGGCGGGGAGGUAGGAAAUGACACUUGUUACUAAAAUUUUGUCCUCAUUUCAAUAUAUCUUUAGACCAAAGUCUGUAACAAUCCUCUUCUAUGUCUCUAGAGGAUAUAAAAACCUGGAAUAAAGAACAUUCAAGUGAAAGAUGAAUGAAACAAACUGCUGGUUAAAAAAAAAAAAGACAAUCCUAAGGAAAUAACUGAGCAAUUGUCAUGCAUUUUAUUGGCCCUCAUCCAGCGGGAUUUUUUUUUUUUACCUUUGGUUUGUUGGCUAACUUCUUGAAUGUAUUGAAGUCAGAAUAUACAUUCUACCACCACAUGAAUUGCAGCUUUCCAGAAAGCUGCUACAAAGAGGACCAGAUUUUCCAACCAAAGCAUACUGAAGAUCAAGCCACUUCAGAACUUGACCAUCAUGAAGCCUCUUCUAUUCCACAACCAACUAUAUCUCUUGGUCUUAUAACAUCUCGUCCUUCUGCAACAUAUAAAGUCCAUUCACCCAAAAGAAGAAAAUUCUCUUCUAUAUCGAAUACAUCUACUCCUUCAUAUUUCUCUGAAAAACGACAAUCUUUAUUUGCUAAAUUUUAUAAGAACCAUUCUUCCCUUUCUCGGCAACAAAGUAGAGUUAACUUUGAGUUUCAAGAAGACAUAAACUACAAUGAUAAAGACUUUUCCUCAGAUACUUUUGGUACUGCCAAAUCUGGAAGACGAUUUUCUUCCCGUAAACUAAGUAUAGUUUCCUGCUACAAGAGUUCCAUUCUUUUUGAUCCUCAAUCAAGUAAUCAGGACCUGUUAAAUCUAAAGGAAAUUGAACUCUUUUCUAAAAUCCCAAGUAAUCCUGAGAUUCCAAAACAAAAAAGCUUCUCUGACCAUGAAUAUAUCCCUAAGCAUGUCGUGAGUUUUGAGGCAAAAGUUCCCACUGCAAUCCGUCGGAACUCCAUUGAUAGAACCUUCUUUCAACAAAGCAUGGCAUCUUUCUUUGCUCUUCCAACUGUUGUUUCCUCCUCCAAUCAAGCAAGUAAAUUUGCUGCUGAUAGACAAGAAAGUGGUCUAUUAAAUAGAAAUGCAAAAGAUUACCUUCAUUCUGGGUUUCAAAGUCAUACUACAAGUUAUUCUCCAGCUGUGAUGCAACAGUCCUCUGAAAAUAUAAUUCUUCCUUCCUUCCAAAAUGUUGGAUUUUCUUUGUCUUAUGAAAAUGCCAGUAGCUUUAUUCGAGAUCAAAAUAAUAUCGACACAGACUUCAUUGAAGAAGAAAACUCAGCUGACUCAGCUGAAGAUGAAGACAACCAUUCAUCUACAAGGUAUAUGACAGCUAAUACUGACACAGAAGAACAGAAUUUUCCAGUGGCAAAAGCAUUUAACACACAUGUAGAGGAACUGAAGUUAGAUGUUCUUCUGCAGAAGGCAGAUCGUUUACGCUUGAAUGAAUCUGGCAAGAUGGAAAGUUUUGAACUACUCUGUGAUCACAAAGAAAAGAUGAUUGAGAAAGCGUCCCAAAUUGUAUUUUUUAAUCUCAGUUAUUAUUACAUAAUUUUAAUCUUUUGCAGGUAUGCAGUUUUGUGUGGAUGUGUAUCUGAGUUUGAAGGCUUACAAAACAAAAUCAACUAUGGACAUCACUUCAAGGAGCAUCUAGAUAUGGCAAUCGAACUUUUACCUGCAGAACCCUUUUUGUAUUAUCUCAAGGGAAGAUACUGUUACACUAUCUCAAAACUGAGUUGGAUCGAGAAAAAAAUGGCUGCUACUCUGUUUGGAAAAAUACCAUCCUCAACUAUACAAGAAUCUUUUCACAACUUCCUAAAGGCUGAAGAACUCCAAUCUGGCUAUUCUAUGUCCAAUUACAUGUAUUUGGCCAAGUGUUGUUUUGAUCUUGAGAAAAAUCAGGAUGCUUGGAAGUUCUGUAACAUGGCAUUAUUACUCCCUAUUGUUUCCAAAGAGGACAAAGAAGCACAUAAAGAAGUGAAAAAAAUAAUUGCUGCCUUGAAGAGGACGCAUGACUUUGGAAAGCCCAGAUUAUCUCUGCAGCAGUACUCUUGAAAUGAGGAUUUCUCCUGGUGGACAGCUAAGGUCAAGUUCCUGGUACAUUCUGCACUCACAGAUGAAGUACACAAACUGCUGACCUCUCAAAAGACUUUGUGUACAACUUUGGAAAAGUGAAGUUCAGAUCCAGAAAUGUGAAUAGGUUCAACUUCAGAAGACACUCGUCCAACUGUCUUGUGAUAUUUCUCAUAAAACAUUCACGAAGUAACUGCGUGUUCCACUAAAAUUUUAACAGUUGUGGUGUCCCUGUAAUUUCAUAUAAUA